AUGUCUUAUACAAUCCUAUCUAUCGAAGAAGUGGAUGUUUCCCUUUCCGCGCUCCUUGCCAAAAGCAACAACAUCGAGAGGGUCAGUGGUGGAGCCAUAAUACUUAGCUUCCGUCCGGAUGAUCCAUCUUCUCCACACGUCCUACUUUGCCAACGCUCUCCCAACGGGAGAGAUGACGAUGGAGAGCCGAAAAUGAAUUCUUUCCCUGGUACAUGGGAGGGCCCUGGCGGUGGUGCACUGCCGGAGGACAGGAGCAUUUUGGGAACCACGGUACGCGAGACUGCCGAGGAAACUGGAUUGGUGCUCUGGGCGGCUUCCAAUCGGGUCUACUGUGUUACAUUCCCUUAUAAAGAUGUUUUGAUGGCAAAAUAUUUGGUCAUUGCAGAGACUAGCGAGAAAACCAACUGUCGACGUUUGUGGUCCGAUGAACACGACGGACCUCGUGGUCCGGAUGAAAAACCAAUCCGGCUGAGGGACGACGAACACCUCGACUACGUUUGGGCCACAGAACAGCAAGUUCGAAACUCCGUGAUUUACGACCCAAGCGAUACAAGAAAAGCAGGACUUACCAUGAUGCAAAGCAACAAAGAUGUUCUCCUGGACUUUUUCUCGUGGCUGAAGAAAGAUGACCUUUGCAUGGAGUACCCUCUGCCCGAGCUGCCACUGCAGGGCGAUGGAAAAUAG